UCAUUGAGGCAGGUAGACUUUUUGUGUGUAUUUGAGGUAACGUUACUGAAGAGUGGACCCCAGGGAUCGCACCAAAGACACCCCUGCUCCCGUCAUGUACAGCUUAGUAAUGUCUCCAUCUCAAGAGAAUCCAAAACCAGAACGUUUCCCUGGCUUUCUAAUAGAUUGAGUGCUUCACCAACAGUGCCCUGAACCGGUUUUAUAAAUGUCCUCUUUGUGUGUUAACUCGCAUUGUCUGCAGUUGAUCAUACAUUUAGCAAGCAUUCUCCUUGGAGGAAAAAAAUAUCUGGUCAUUGUAUUGCCGUGAUGGAAUACUGGAAUAAGAGCUGAGAAUAUCAUGAGAAAAUAGGGUGAUUUUCGUGUGUGGGAAACUUGCAUAAUUUAUCGUCUUUUAUAAUUUGAUUCCCAAUAUACAAAUCAGCUGAUUAAUGUAUUCAGUGGUGAAACGUAUAUAUUGACUGGCAUGACAAUUUUAAAAAUUGUGAUAUUAAGUAAUUGGCAACAGGGGUAGUGCAGAACUGCCAUUGCUUGACAUUUUAAUUGCUUGAUUUUGUUUGUAUUUAUUACUUUAUCUGUGCAAAAUGAGUCAAUUUAAAGAGCGGGUUUUAUCAUCACUAUCCCAUUUUCCCACCUCUUUAAAUUGGACUUUGUUUUAUAUGUAAUUCUAGCAUUCUUAUCAGCGAAACUGGCCGGAAGGACUUGCAGAACCAUUGCUGAUCAAGCUGUGUAACAUCAGUAGCAAUGGUCACUGAUGCAAGAGUUUUAAAUCUUCAUUUCAGCUGUGUAUAUUCUUUGAGUGCUUUCAUACCCAUUCAGUUUCACUGAUGUGAUUACUACCCCACUGUCUUUAGCAAAAAUUCAAAAUUAAAAACACAAAUGGACAGUAAAUUACUGCUGCUGAGUGUUUUUUCAAUGACAGUUUGCAAUGGGACCUUGCUGGAAAACGAAUUGAGGUUGUUCAUAUUCUUUUUAUGUAGGACUGAUAACAUCUGCUUGAAGAGAGAUUUUGCCUUUGAGCCUGGGCAAAAUCAACGCCAAGGUCCCUGAAGUAAAAGGACAGUGGUCUUACAUAAUGCUUCGUCUCUCGCCAACACAGUUAUGAUAAAAUCUAAAAAGAAAGCUUUAAUAGGAGAGAUGUAUGCUUUUAAUUUAUUUUUUUCAGAUUUUUUUGUUUCAUUGACCAUGUUUGUAUGUUUAAACUAGAAACCUGAGUGUUAUGUAGUUGUGCAAAGAUCUGCAAAACACUUGAAACUAUUGCAAAGAAUUUCUGUGCACUUGACCAUCGGUUGCUUUACAAAGGUCACUGGGCCAUGUUUCCAUGGGAUAUUGGUAACCAUUUAUCUACCAUAGACGGCUCUCUGGUUGGCACUAGAAUGUACUGUUCUAAGGAAUUGUCCAAAUGCACUCUAUGAACUCAUCUUCCAGGCUACCUUUUCCAACUGAUUCAUCCAAUCUAUACGAAGCAGUGUCCACAGUAUUUUGCUUUUGUAUUUACCAAAGUGACUUCAUUGGCAAUCAAAGUUCGCACUGUCACAGUUUGCUUCAUGAGACACAACCUCAAGUGAAACAAUGGAGAUGAACGGAACCGGCAGCUAUUACCUCUCUGCACAGUCCUUCAGCAUCUCUGAUAUUAUAGUAAUAGUGGCAUAUUUUGUGCUAAACGUGUUUGUUGGAAUAUGGUCCACAUGCAGAGUGAGCAGGAACACGCUCAGUGGAUACUUUCUUGCGGGCAGAAAUAUGGCUUGGUGGCCUAUUGGGGCAUCGCUGUUUGCCAGCAGUGAAGGUUCUGGACUGUUCAUUGGGCUGGCUGGAACUGGGGCAGCUGGAGGAAUUGCUGUUGCUGGAUUUGAGUGGAAUGCCACCUAUGUGCUUUUGGUGCUGGCUUGGGUAUUUGUGCCUGUCUACAUAUCAUCUGGGAUAGUGACCAUGCCUGAAUACCUUCAAAAAAGAUUUGGAGGGGAAAGGAUUCGGAUGUAUUUAUGUGCCCUGUCACUGCUGUUGUCUGUAUUCACAAAGAUAUCUACAGACCUGUAUUCAGGAGCCUUGUUUGUACAAGUGUGCCUCGGAUGGAAUCUCUACCUCUCGACGGUUCUGAUGCUGGUUGUCACAGCCCUCUACACCAUAGCAGGUGGCCUGGCUGCUGUUAUCUACACAGACACUCUUCAGACAGUUGUCAUGAUUAUCGGAACAGUGAUACUAACCAUUGCAGCUUUUAAUAAAAUCGGAGGAUACCACAACCUGGAAAGUAUUUACCUCAAGGCAGUUCCAACAAAGAUUAUUCCCAAUACAACAUGCCAUCUCCCCAGGGCAGAUGCCAUGCAUCUGUUUAGAGACCCGGUAACUGGAGAUCUCCCAUGGACCGGCAUGAUCUUUGGAUUGAGCAUACUGGCAACCUGGUAUUGGUGCACAGAUCAGGUUAUUGUGCAAAGAUCGCUUUCUGCAAAGAAUCUGAGCCAUGCGAAGGGUGGCUCUAUACUAGCGAGCUACCUCAAAAUGCUGCCUAUGAUUUUCAUUAUAAUGCCUGGGAUGAUCAGCCGUGCCCUCUAUCCAGAUUCAGUCGCAUGUGUCGAUCCUGAAGAAUGUAUAAAGGUGUGUGGGACUGAAGUGGGAUGUUCUAACAUUGCUUUCCCAAAACUCGUGAUUGAACUGAUGCCUGAUGGUUUACGUGGGCUUAUGAUUGCAGUUAUAAUGGCUGCUCUCAUGUCAUCUCUGACGUCAAUAUUCAACAGCAGCAGUACACUAUUUACCAUGGAUAUCUGGAGAAAGAUCAGGAAGGAUGCCAGUGAACGGGAAUUACUGCUGGUUGGAAGGAUUGUGACGGUGAUACUGGUUGCAGUGAGCUUGGUAUGGAUCCCAAUAUUACAGAGUGCUAACAGUGGGCAACUGUUCAACUACAUUCAGUCGGUGACCAGCUAUUUAGCUCCUCCUGUGACUGCAGUGUUUGUUCUUGCAGUUUUUUGGAAAAGAACUAAUGAACCUGGAGCAUUCUGGGGUCUAAUGGUCGGACUAGUGGUGGGUCUGGCGAGAAUGAUCAUGGAGUUUGUGCACCCCUCACCACGGUGUGGGGUGUAUGAUCCAAGACCGUCAAUACUGAAGAAAGUUCACUACCUCCACUUUGCAGUCAUACUGUGCGCCCUCACAAGUCUCAUCGUCGUGGCAAUCAGCCUGCUGACAAAGCCUCCGAAUGAAAGUCAGCUGAAAAACGUUACUUGGUGGACACUUUCACGAGAGAGAAGGCAGCCUGACAUACCCCUGCAAACAACAUCGCCUGAGAAGCAUUCUUGGGACAACAAAAUCGAGAAUGCUGAGGAGAUGAUACAGCAGAAGUGGUCAUGGAUUAACUUGUUCUGCAGUGUUAAGACAAGCAGAGACAACAUGCCUGGACAGAGCAACCUCACUGAUACCUAUGAGAACCCAUUCUGGUCUCGAGUGUGUUGUAUAAAUGCAAUCAUUCUCAUGUGUGUGAACAUUUUCCUGUAUGCGUACUUUGCUUGAGAAAGGAAAUUAUUGUACACCUGAAAGAUGCCUGAACGAUAGAUCUUGUGACAGGUGAUGUAUAUGGAAUAGAAUGUUCAAUGGAAUAUGCAGAACAAUUGAUUUCACUUGAUUCCUCUCCAGAGUAAAAUCCUCACAAUUGCUUUAUUCACUAUUUCUGUAACUUCCUCCAGCCCCACGAUCAUCCAUGAUAUCUGUGCUGCUCCAAUUUUGGCCUCUUGCACAUCCCAGAGUUUAAUUGCUCCACCACUGCAGCAAAGCCUUCAACUGCCUUGACUAUAAUCUUGGGAAUUCCCUUUGUAAACCGUUCUGUCUUUCCACCUCUCCCCUCCUUUAAGAGGCUCCUUAAAACUUACCUCUUUGAUCAAGAUUUUGAUCACUUGUCCUGAUAUCACCUUAUGUGGAUCGGUGUCAAAUUUUGUUUGAUAAUGCUUUUUGAUAUGUUUCACUACAUUAAAGGAGCUAUAU